CUCUAAUGGCCAGCCGCCAUUCGAAGGAUGCGGUCCUCUCCUCAACAGCUAGAGGGCUUGAAAAAGGAGGAUUUGUUAGAGGAUUAUCCAGCGUUGUGGCUCCUGAGAUUUGUAGCCCUAGCGUUGCGCUGGAUUUGGAUGACGAGAUCGAGAGGAUCCGGCGAGAGUUCGAGGAUGCGAAGAAGAGCUUUCUUAAUAUUCCACUGGCGCUCAAGGAGAUGCCCAGGAUGAAUCCUGAAGGUAUUUAUGUAAACAAGAACCUCAGAAUGGAUAACAUUCAAGUCUAUGGUUUUGACUAUGACUAUACUCUUGCCCAUUACUCAUCAAAUUUACAGAGUUUGAUAUAUGACCUGGCGAAACACUACCUUGUUGAUGAGCUUAAGUAUCCGGAGAGCUGCUUGCAAUUUGCAUAUGACCUAACUUUUCCGAUCAGAGGCCUCGCCUAUGACAAGCUGAAAGGGUGCCUUCUGAAGCUUGAUUUCUUCGGGUCUAUAGAACCCGAUGGAUGCUACUUCGGGCGUCACAAGCUAAGCAAGGAAAAGAUUCAAGUAAUGUAUGGGACACGACAUAUUGGUCGAGAUCAGGCACGUGGACUUGUUGGGUUGAUGGAUUUCUUUUGCUUUAGCGAGGCAUGUCUUAUUGCUGAUAUUGUACAGCACUUUGUGGAUGCUAAGCUGGACUUUGACGCUUCUAAUGUGUAUCAAGACGUGAACCAGGCAAUUCAGCAUGUCCAUAAAAGUGGGUUGCUACACAGAGGCAUUCUUAUCAAUCCUCAGAAGUACUUAAUGAAAAAUAGCCGAGUGUUAAAUUUUCUAAAGAUGCUAAAGGAGAAGGGCAAGAAACUUUUCUUGCUAACAAAUUCCCCAUAUUAUUUUGUGGAUGGAGGAAUGCAAUUUAUAUUAGAGGAGCAUGGUGAGAAAAACUCAUGGAGGGAACUCUUUGAUGUGGUGAUUGCUCGAGCUAAUAAACCAAGCUUCUACACUUCUGAACACCCCUUCAGGUGCUAUGACGUUCAGAAGGAUACUUUAGCUUUUACUGCAGUUGAUAGGUUUCUUCCAAAUCAAGUCUAUUAUCAUGGUUGCUUAAAAUCAUUUUUGGAAAUUACAAAGUGGAAGGGACCAGAGGUGAUCUAUUUUGGUGACCAUUUGUUUAGUGACCUAAGAGGACCUUCAAAAGCAGGUUGGAGAACUGCAGCUAUCAUUCAUGAACUUGAGAAUGAGAUUCAUAUUCAGAAUAAUGAGGCCUAUCGAAUUCAACAGGCAAAAUUUCAUAUCAUACAAGAAAUACUUGGUAAAUUCCAUUCUAUAGCAGCCAUUAGUAAAAGGGGACAAGCUUAUGAUGCUUUAUUAAAUGAACUGAAUGAGGAAAGACAACAAUGUCGUUCCAAUAUGAGGAGAAUGUUUAAUAGUUCAUUUGGUGCUACUUUCCUCACGGAUACUGGUCAGGAAUCAGCAUUUGCCUAUCAUAUCCAUCAGUAUGCGGAUGUAUAUACGAGUAAACCUGAGAACUUCUUGUUGUAUCCUCCGGAGGCAUGGUUUCAUGUACCAUUUGAUAUCAAAAUCAUGCCACAUCAUCUAAAGGUCCCAUCAAGUCUUUUCAAAACACCCUAGUAUCGUCGUCAACCUUGCUAAAGAACUAGAUUUACACAGGCGCAAUCUAACAGAUUGAUUUAGGUUCAGUUCAAUAAUUUUUAUGGUUUUGUAUGGGAUUUUCAUUCCGUUUCAUUUAUUCUUUUUUCAUUAACUUUUUGGUCUCUCCUCCCGUGAUGAUCUUUUUCCUCAUUUGUAUUCCCUUUUUUGCCUAUGAUUACAGCCACAUUUCUCGGCAUGUAUCGUAAAUUACAAAUGUAAAUAAUUCAUUCAUAGUGAAUGGGUUGUCACUUGUCAUAUAUUGACUUCUGUAGCAAUUGUGGAUUCUGCUCCUCCAAAAAUGUCAUAAAAGGAUGAAAAUAGAGUCUUGUGAUA